AUGGCCAACUAUGAGGAACCUCAGCCACACCCUUACCUCCAUGAGCCAUUGCUCUAUAUCACCAAUGUCCCGACUUACGUUUCCGACGAGAGUAUUGUCAUGGCUUUCGCUUCUUGCGGCCCUUUCAGGCCCAACAUCCCCCGCGACAUACCUGGCUCUGUCUUGUCGGGAACCGUAGAAUUCCGCUUUCUUGAGAAAGCCGAGAAAGCGUUAGCGACGUUGCAGGCGCGACCUAUCCCGGGCUUAACACAACAUGUACCCCUCGUGCUAUCACCCUAUCCACCGACCAAUCCACCGACACCCCUUCCUCCCCCUUCCGCGUCGCCGCGUUUGGUUAAGCAUCUCCCCCCUGGUUACACAGAUUCUCAGCUCUACGAUCUUUUCAGGCCUUAUGGCGCGUUGGCAUCAACUCGUGCCCAAACGCAGUUCGGGCCGGACACAGGCAUGGUAGAGUUUUGGAGGGAGGAAGACGCGAAGCGUGCGGAAGAAGAGUUACACUGUGCAGAGCUUGAUGGGCAGAAUAUUGCGGUGCAGGUUUAUCAACCCCGGCGAGCGAGUGCAGCUACGGAAUUCAACACAAACGCACCCGCCUUCGUGCCAUCGGCACCCUACCCUUACACCUACUCGCCUCCCCGUGCUAGUCCCUAUCGAUCGCCUGUGCAGCCUCCAUUCAUCCAUGGCCCUGGUCAGCAAGUGCAGCUGGCGCCAAUGAGCGGUCCCGGCUCAAGUAGUCACAGUGGCCUGAUCGAUCCCUGCAAUUUGUUUUGCAAGAAUCUUGAUCCUACGCUAGAUUCAAACUCUCUAUUCUCCCUUUUCCGUGAAUUUGGACAAAUCGUGAGCGCUCGCGUCAUGCGUAAUGAGAAUGGGGAAAGUCGUGGAUUUGGCUUUGUCUCCUACCAUACUCCAGAUCAAGCCGCUGCUGCUAUGCACGCAAUGAAUGGCAAGCAGAUCGGGAGCAAACAGAUGGUCGUACGACUCCACGAGCCUAAGCAACUUCGGCAAGAAAAAUUAGCUCAACGCUUCGGGCAUAAUGGGCACCCACGCAGCGCUAGUGGUGCAACAAGUCCUACUCUCAGUGAGGGAGGCGAGAGCUAUGUCGGCGGCUGGGCGAGCCCACGCCAUCACGCCUCUCCUCUUGGUUCACCUCGUGCCAGUCACUACGAACGACCAGAUCGCGGUAGGCGAGGAUCUGGUAGUUACUAUAAUGCGGCGUUAUCUGGCACAUUAAGCCUACCUAUGCGUUAUGACGACCUCUCGGCCUUGUCGCCUGUUGUGCGCAAGGAAGUCCUCACCGGAGAGUUCAGUCGCCGGGUGAAAAAUCUAGGAACAGUCCCAGCGGAUGAUGUAGAUGCCAUUGUUGAGUCUCUUAUCAACGUUUCCCUCAGUGAAGCAGUUCAGUGCAUAGAGAGCCCAGACAAGUUAGCUGAACACGUCGAGCAUAUCAAAGACAAGUUGAAGCCAACAAGAUCUUUCCACGACAAAUCUCCGUCUCCAUCUGCUUCUCAAGAUUCGCAGCUCCUCAAUCCGAACGUAACUGCCUCGGUUACUGCCAGUGCCCCAGAACAUCCGUCGACUCCGAUUUCCGUCAAUGCAUCAUUAUCAACACCCCCUCGGACAUCUUCGCCGUCUGGCUCUGUUCCUCCCACCUCCGAACGCGAUCGCAUGGCUGCCGCUAUCAACAAGCUAGAGUCUUCUCGUCAAAAUGAGUUGACUGACCUCUUGAUGAGUCUGCCAAAACGGGAGCGGGCUAUGUGUCUCUUCAAUGCCGAGGUUCUUCGCGCCAAACUGGCUGACGCUAAGAUGGUUUUGGAGAGCGACGAUGACGAAGAAGAGAAGGCUGAUGCGCAAUCGACAAAGUCGGCUCCUCCUGUAACACCCCAGGCGAAGAAGACGGCCGUUUCCAAAGUAGCCGAAUCUCCUCAGACGCCUGAUCUCUCUUCUCGCGGACCAAGUGCCGCAUCCUCUCCAUUGCCUGGCACACCCGGCAGCAUUGGGAGCAUCUCAUAUACCAUUCCAUCGCUGGCCAAGUUGCCAGCUGCAGAGAUUAUCAGAAUGGCGACGUCCACUUCUGGUGCGAACCUACCGAAAGCCGAUCCACUCGUCGUCCAGGCUACCGACGAGUUCAUUGAUGGUCUUCUCGACAAGCCAGUUCAAGCGCAGAAGCAGCAACUCGGUGACAAGCUCUUCAAGGUUGUCAAGUCCUUCGGUAUCAAAGGAGCCCCCAAGAUCACCAUUGCCCUUCUGGAUCAAGAAGACCUACGCGCCCUCGCGCAUCUAAUGAACAGCUAUCCCAGCGUCUUGAAGGAAAAGGUCCAACUUCUUGCACCAGCAAAAUAA